AUGGCUUCUUGGGAAAAAGUUUGUCUGCCUAAGGUGUUUGGGGGGCUUGGCUUCAGAAAUGAUCAGAGGUGGAAUCAUGCUAUUUUGGCAAAGUACAUCUGGGCGAUAUCAGAAAAGAUGGACUUGCUGUGGGUGAAAUGGAUAAAUUCCAUUUAUUUGAAAGGCUCUGAUUUCUGGACCUAUAAACUUCCUCCGGAUACCAGCUGGUACUGGAGAAAAUUAUGCAAUCUGAGAGACAAAUUUAGUAGGGAAGAUGUUAAGGCUGCUGGUUUAACUGGGAAGUUUUACUCUUCCAUUUUAUAUAACAACUCUCUAUGCCAUCAGCAGGUUGGAUACCACAAAGCAGUUUGGAGUAGAUUAUCUCUGCUUAAGCAUAGAUUUUUGUUAUGGCAGGUUGUCAAUGCCCAGCUUCUUACAUUUGAUAACUUGCUUCGGUUUAGAGUGCCUUUAGACUCCUUACUGUGCCCAGUUUGUGGUGACUUUGAGGAGAGUCAUGCCCACUUGUUCUUUGAAUGUGCAUUGUCUAAACAGGUUUUGGAUCUCAUUUUUGGUUGGUUGGAUUGCAUUACUUGGCCUUAUGAGUAUAGAUUUUUGUUAUGGCAGGUUGUCAAUGCCCAGCUUCUUACAUUUGAUAACUUGCUUCGGUUUAGAGUGCCUUUAGACUCCUUACUGUGCCCAGUUUGUGGUGACUUUGAGGAGAGUCAUGCCCACUUGUUCUUUGAAUGUGCAUUGUCUAAACAGGUUUUGGAUCUCAUUUUUGGUUGGUUGGAUUGCAUUACUUGGCCUUAUGAGUAUGACUGA